AUGAAUAAAUUUUCAUUAGUCUUGCUACUUAUUGUCUUUGCAAACUCUUCUGAUUUGGAAAAUUAGAUUUCUUUAGGAAGAGGUAUUCUUUUAACUAACAAAAAUUAGAGUUAAAAUUCUAAGAAGCAAUACAUCUAAGUCCUAAUCGGUUUACAUGUGAAAUGGAUCCGAAAUUUUACGACUUUAUUAUAUUGGAACUAUCAAAAUGGUCAGAUAUUAUAGAUCGAAAACCACAAUUAAUGAAGGAUUUAACAAUUAUUGAAUAAAUAAUUAAAUUAGUAGAUAAAGCUAAAUAUAUAGAUGGUGCAUAAUAAGGUACUUUAAUUAAACUUAAGUAGAUAUGUUUAUCUAAAUAACUCAGAGUCUUUCAGCUUCAAUAAGAGAAAUUUCUAUGGUUGAAAUAAAAAAUUAAUGGGCUUAAUUUAACAUUGAUGAGGUCUUAUAAUAGAUGAAAAAACUAUCAGCAAUAACCAAUGUUUAGGAAAAAGGGUUGAUGGCAGAUAAAAUAGUAAGUCAAUUGUCAAUUAUGGAAAAAUAAAUAACCAUCUACUUAAAUGAGUGUUAAGGGAUUUAAAGUAGUGCUGAACUAUAAGAAAAAGUAACAGAACUUAAAAACAAAAAAAACAAGUGUGGUUGGUCUUACGAUAAUGAAUAUUAAGGUUCAACUAGAUUACCACCUGGAAGAUCAGAUUAACCAGAAUCCUUUGAUCCAAAACAUGAUGCAUAAUCAGUUCAUUAAUAAGCUGCUAAUCAAGAUAAACCAUUCUAAUCAAAUCCAAAUUAUUAAGAAGGUCAAAAAGAAAAUAAAUAACAAUCAACUAGAUUACCACCAGGAAGAUCAGAUUAGCCAGAAUCAUCUGAUCCAAAACAUGAUACAUAAUCAGUUCAUUAAUAAGCUGCUAAUCAAGAUAAACCCUUCUAAUCAAAUCCAAAUUAUUAAGAAGGUCAAAAAGAAAAUAAAUAACAAUCAACUAGAUUACCACCAGGAAGAUCAGAUUAGCCAGAAUCAUCUGAUCCAAAACAUGAUACAUAAUCAGUUCAUUAAUAAGCUGCUAAUCAAGAUAAACCCUUCUAAUCAAAUCCAAAUUAUUAAGAAGGUCAAAAAGAAAAUAAAUAACAAUCAACUAGAUUACCACCAGGAAGAUCAGAUUAGCCAGAAUCAUCUGAUCCAAAACAUGAUACAUAAUCAGUUCAUUAAUAAGCUGCUAAUCAAGAUAAACCCUUCUAAUCAAAUCCAAAUUAUUAAGAAGGUCAAAAAGAAAAUAAAUAACAAUCAACUAGAUUACCACCAGGAAGAUCAGAUUAGCCAGAAUCAUCUGAUCCAAAACAUGAUACAUAAUCAGUUCAUUAAUAAGCUGCUAAUCAAGAUAAACCCUUCUAAUCAAAUCCAAAUUAUUAAGAAGGUCAAAAAGAAAAUAAAUAACAAUCAACUAGAUUACCACCAGGAAGAUCAGAUUAGCCAGAAUCAUCUGAUCCAAAACAUGAUACAUAAUCAGUUCAUUAAUAAGCUGCUAAUCAAGAUAAACCCUUCUAAUCAAAUCCAAAUUAUUAAGAAGGUCAAAAAGAAAAUAAAUAACAAUCAACUAGAUUACCACCAGGAAGAUCAGAUUAGCCAGAAUCAUCUGAUCCAAAACAUGAUACAUAAUCAGUUCAUUAAUAAGCUGCUAAUCAAGAUAAACCCUUCUAAUCUAAUCCAAAUUAUUAAGAAGGUCAAAAAGAAAAUAAAUAACAAUCAACUAGAUUACCACCAGGAAGAUCAGAUUAACCAGAAUCCUUUGAUCCAAAACAUGAUACAUAAUCAGUUCAUUAAUAAGCUGCUAAUCAAGAUAAACCCUUCUAAUCUAAUCCAAAUUAUUAAGAAGGUCAAAAAGAAAAUAAAUAACAAUCAACUAGAUUACCACCUGGAAGAUCAGAUUAACCAGAAUCUUCUGAUCCUCUUUAUGAUCAUUAAACAGCCCAUUAGUAAACAAUUAAUCAAGAAAAAUCAUUAUAAGGAAAUCUUAUACAUGAUGAAAAUAAAUCAACUUCCACUAGAUUGCCUCCUGGAAAAUAUGAUCAACCUGAAUCAUCUAAUCCAAUUCAUGAUAAAUAAACUUCUCAUCAACAAGCAGCAAACUAGGAUAAACCAUUUUAAUCUAAUCCUAACUAUAAAGAUGUUCCAGCAGUUGACGGUUCUUCAGCUAAAAUAACUCAUAAUUUGAAUAAUUAACCUGUUACUGUUAAUUCAAUAGGAAGUUCAAAUUCACAUGCUGGAAAUUAUGAAGAAACAUUCCAAGGUAAUCCAAAUUAUAAGGAAGAUUUACCAAAAAAAAUAAUUGAAAAUGAAGGUUUUGGAUCAGGUUCAACAAAUAUUUAUGAUGAAGAUGGAUGUCCAUAAGGAGAGGAAGAUGAUACUCCAAUCAAUUAUGAAGAAGAAGAAGUACCAGAAUAACCAUAACCUGAAGAUUAAGAAGCUCCUGAAGAAAAUGAAAAAGAAGAUAUAAAACCAUAAGAAGAAUAAAAAGGUGAAGAGGAGGAGCCAAAAGUUGAGGAGCCUAAAGUCGAGGAGCCUAAAGUUGAAGAGCCUAAAGUCGAGGAGCCAAAAGUUGAGGAGCCUAAAGUCGAAGAGCCUAAAGUUGAAGAGCCUAAAGUAGAAGAAAAACCAUCUAUUCCAGAAAUACCUCCUGAUGAUGAGGAACCUGCUGUGGAAGGAGAAGUAGUAAAAACAGAAGGAGUUGGCUCAUCAGUUGAUGGUAGAGUAGGUUAGUAAGUCUAAAAUCCUUAAGAAUAAGAAUAGGAAGAAUCUGAAGAAAUUGAUCUAGAAGUAGAUGAAGAAGUUGAUGACGGCAAGGGGGGUAAAAAGAUAGUUAAGAAAAUUAUUAAAAAGACUCUUAGAAAAAGUAAAUAGAGGUAAGCAAAAUUAACAAAAGGUUAGAAAAAACCAUAAAAAAAAGUAAUUUCUUCAACUAAAUCUGCAACAAAGUCAGGAACAAAAUAAAAGACCUUAAAUAAAAAAUCUGGAGAUGCAAAAAAAAAAGUAAAAACUAAAUCUGGAGGAGAUGGGGAUGGAGAAGAAUAUUGGGAAGAAACUGAGGAAACAUUUGAAGUAUCAGAAGAUGGCAAGGAAACUUUAGUCUCUUCAACAACUAAAUCAUCUGCCCAAAAGAAAUUACUAUUUAAUGCUAUUGGUGAUACUUCUAUUGAUUUGACGAUUUCGGAUAACAAUAAUGAAGAUGAUAACUUAAUAGAAGAUUAUUAUCAAUAGGAUAUCUUUUAUGAAGAAUUUGAUGAUAAAUUUGUAUAUUAUGAAUAUGAUCCAGUUGAUAAGGUGUUUAGAUAAUCUGGUAUCAUAUUAAAACCUUAAUAACAACGAUCUUUAAUGAUAUCGAAUUGGAAUGAUCUUUUGGAUUAUGUAACUGAUGUAUCAGAAAGUGAAUAAGAUAACAAUAAACCAAUUUCUGGUGACUAAAAAGAAACCGAUACAAUUCCUGAAGAAAAAUAAUAAAACAAAGAUUAAUAAUAAUCUCAAUAGUAAUCACAAUAAUAAUAAGACUAGCAAUAAUAAUCAUAAUAAUAAUAAGACUAGAAAUAAUAAUAAUAGUAGUAAUAAUAAUAAUAAUAAUAAUAAUAAUAAUAAUAAUAAUAAUAAUAAUAAUAAUAGUAGUAGUAGUAGUAAUAGUAAUAAUAAUAAUAAAGCUAGCAAUAAUAAUAAGACUAGCAAUAAUAGUAAUAAUAAGAUCAGCAAUAAUAAUAAUAAUAAGACUAGCAAUAAUAACAAUAAAAUUAACAACAGAAAUAAUAAGAAUAAGAGUAGUAAAAGCAAUAAUAGUAAGAAUAAUUGGUUAAAGGAGAAAAAUAAUAGUAGAAUACUUAAACAUCAUAAUAACAAGAAUAAUAACAAUAAUAAAACUAAUAACCUUCUGAAGAGAAAAAAUAAGAAGAUAAAAGUUAAGACUCUAAGAAAUUAGCCUAAGAUUAAUAGACUAAGGAAAGUUCAAUUGGUAGUGUUGUUUAAGAUCUCUUAAAGGAUGAAAAAUAAGCAUUAGGGAUUGGCUAAAAUGAAAAACCAAAAUAGAAAAUAGAAGGGCAUGAUCUUGAAAAAUCAAUAAAGAUUACCUCUAUUAAGGAAGAAUAUAACCCAAAUGAACCAACAUAGUAUGUACCUCCAAAACAUAAAGUUAAUACAAGACCAGCAAAAGAAAAAGUAGUCGUACCUGUAUCAACUAAAUAUGUUUAAAGUUCUUUUGAUGGGGAACCAGCAGAACAAUAUGAAUUUGCUGAUAGAGAAAUGCUUUAAGAUUCUGAUGAGUAUGGAUAUGGGUUUUGGUUAAGAUACACUGAUAACUUCCCAAAGAAACACUCAAGAUAACCUCAAAAAUAUUAUUUUAUAUCAAGAUUAACUUCAAAUUAGGAUUAUAAAGAUUAUACAUUUUAUGGAGAUAGAACCCUAUCAGUGUUUUUAUUAGAAAAUACUUUUGUCUUUUCCACAUAUGAUCAUGGUGAUAAAAAGAAAAUAAAGGAUUAAGUAGUAGCCUUGAAUGAAGAAUUAGAAAGCAUGUGGUAUUUCAUUACAUUUUCCUACAGUUUGGCAAAAAGGGCAGCUGUUGGGUAUGUAGUAGGAUAUGGUGAUAAUGGCAAAGUUUUAAAGACUGAAAUCAAUUGUUAACAUGUGCCUCCUAACUACUUUAAAUUAAUAAUAGGAGGAAAACAUUUUGCAUAUGAGGGAUUUAAUGGAUAAUUUGCAAAUAUCUUUUAUGAUAUUGAUGCUCCAGCUUUUAUUGAUAGUGAAGAAAAAAUAAAUCAGAUCAUAAAAACAAUUAGUAAUGCUCCUCAAGCAGUUAGCAGUUUAACUGAUUUAGAGAUCUUAACAACUCCAAAGACCUUUGUAGCAAAUAAUAAAGAUGAUGCUCUUGUAUUAGAUCCAUAAGAAUCAAAUCUAAUAAUUGAGGAGUAUGCUUUUGCAGGAUGGUUUAGAUGGGUAGACGAUUUAAAAGUUGAUGAAUCAAAUACAUUCUAAAUAUUUAAUUUGAGAUCAACUGACAAAAAGUAGCCAAAUAAAGGAGUAUUAGGAGAUCGUUCAUUAGAAGUUCAUUAUACAUAUGGGGGAGGAGCUAAAAGCACAGUUUACUUUAAUACUUAUACAAUUCAAGGAAAUAAAGCAAAAGGAACACCAUAUAUAUCUAAAACAGUAGAAGCACCAAAUUAUACUUGGACUUAUGUUUAUUUUGGAUAUGAUAACGAUAAAAUAAAAGCAUAUGGAGCAUUAAUCAGACCAGGAAAAGCUGAUGAAGUUAUUUUUGAUCCUGUUCAACAUAAACUUGUAACUAAAUUGCAUUUUACUAUUGGAGGUGAUGAUUAAAUUUCAUCAUUUAAUGGUAAAAUAGGAUACGUUGGUGUAUAUUUGGGACCAGGAGCAUUUAAGUAGAGCCUUAAUUUUGGUUAAUAAUUUUUCUAUGGAGAUGGUGCUAUUGGUGUCUAUCAAUUAGUCAAACCAAUUUAAUUUUAGGAUGAUGCAUAGGAUCCAAAUGUCAUUAGAGAUGCUGAAUAUGAUUCUGAUAAACCUUUAGUUGAUAAGAUAUUAAUUCAUGAUGAUAAUAAAUUGAGACUUAAUGGCUAGAGUGAAUAUUCAUUUGGUUUAUGGACUAGAUGGCUGUAGACUUUACCUAAAUUCUUAGUCCAAAGAGGUGCUGUUCAUAAUAUAGCUAGAUUUGGAACAGCACCAUAUUUAAUUGAAUAAGUUGAUGGAAAGCUCUAGAGAGCUAAUAAAAGACCUCUUUAAGAGAAGGAUCAAACUUUGGCAGUUACAUUAAGUAAAGAAGCUUAUGAAUUUUAUACCUACAAAGCAAAAGAUGAAAUUAAAUUUGAUGACAUAGAAGGUUCAUGGAAUUAUGUUUAUUUUGGUUAUAAAAGAGUUGCAAAUAAGGGUAUAGCUAAAGGUUAUGUUUAAUUUGGAGUUGAAGGAGAAAUUAAGGAAGUAGUUUUUGAUAUUUUGCAUGAUUUCUUAUUAGAGUAUGUAGAAUUUGUAGUUGGAAAAAGCUAAGCACCUUUCUUUAAUGGUUAAAUGUGCAAAAUACAAAGCUAAAUUGGACCAGGAGCUUUCUUUAAUUCAGCAGAAUAACUCAAAUUAUUUACAUAAAAUACUUUACCUGAUAAAGCAUAAAUACGUCCUAUAAGCAGAUAAACCUAAUAAUUAAUUGGACUCCCAGUUGAACAACCAAGCCAAAAAUUCUAAUUUGAUAAAUUCUAAGGAAUUAAAGAAUAUAGUAUUUCAGGAUGGGUGAAAUGGAGUGGUAUAUAGAAAAUGGGUAAAGUGUUUCCUAUUGCUUCCUUUGCUCAAAAAAGGCUUGCUGAUUUGAAUGGAAAAUUUGAAUAAACUCUUUAAAUAUUACGAUCAGAUUUGGCCUAUAAUUUUAAUACAUAUUCUUGUAAAGGAGAUGAUUGUUCUGGAAUUGUUACUAAAGAGUAGUCACUUGGAGAAUAUUGGGAUUAAUGGACAUAUAUUUACUAUGGUUAUUCUUAAUUAUUGAAAAAAACAUUUGGUUAUGUGAAGUUUACAUUCACAGAUAGCAAAUUUAGUUAAGAUUAAAUUACUCAUUUUUAUGUUGCAGUAUUUUCAGUAAUUAUUUCAUCAGAGGAGUAAAAAUUCAUAGGAUCGAUGAAAACAUGGGUAAUUAAUGUUGGAGAAGGUUCAUACAGGGAAGGUAAUUUUGAUUCUGACGAAAAUAUCAAAGUACACUUUGGAUUUGUGAGUGGAACUGAUCAUGUUAAAUUAUAAUAAGCAGGAUAAGAAGCUCAACAUGUAGAGUAAGUUAUAGAAUGUGCUGCUAAUGAAAAGGAUGUACCUUUACAUGUUUAAUUUGAGUAAAGUGAAAAAUUACAUCUUCAUGGAGUUAGUGAAUAUGGUUUUGGAUUUUGGGCCAGAUUCUAGCAUUUUGCAUAAAAGGGUAUUUUGUAUUCAUAACCAUAAUGGAUGGGAUUGGCCAGAUUGACAAAUUAAAAGGAUUAUAAAGAUUUUGAGUAACCUGGAGAUAGAGUUCUUUUGAUUUUAUAAGGAAAAGGAAUCCACCAUUUUUCAACCUAUAAUGUAUAACCUCCUUCAAAUAAUGUGAAUGGAAAUAUUCCUUAUUUAUUAGAAUCUGAAAGUGAAUGGACCUACCUUUAUUUCAGUUAUAAGAGAAUUUCAUAGACUCUAGGUCAUGCUGUAGCAUUUACAUCAUAUAAUGAUAUAACUGCAGGAAUUUAGAUGGAUGUUAUCCAUACAUUAUUGUAAAACUAUUUAUAAUUAACAAUUGGUCAUGCUGGAAAGUUUUAUCCAAAUUUUAAUGGGUAAAUUACAACUGUUAGAUUUAAUCUUGGUCCUGGAGCAUUUAUUGAAAAUAAAUAAGGAAUUUUGGCUAGAAUUAAGAAUAAAGAUCCAAAACCAGAGAUUAAUAUUAUUACAAAAUAAUAUGAAGUAGUUGCUGGUAAAUAAGAUGCUUAAAAUCUUAAAAUUGCAAAUCCAUUGACAAUUGAAUAAGAAGCAAGAGAAUAUUCAGUGUCUUUAUGGUUUAGAUGGUUUAAAACUCAAGUUAGACCAAAUCAAGUAAUAUAUAGAUUGACAUCAAAUAAAGGAGAAGAUGAUGCUAAAAAUAUAGGUGAUAAAGUAUUGAUGUUAUCACAUAUUGGAACUGCAUUGUUUAGUACUUAUUCAUUAUAGGAUUCAACUUUGAAUGUGCCAUAUGAAUGCAAUAUACCAAAAUAAUAAUUAGAAAUAUGGACUUUUGCUUAUUUUGCUUAUUCAAAGAAGGAGAGAAAGGUUUAGUAUUUCUUAAGAGCAGAUUCUCAUGAAAAUAAAGGACUUGAACCAAUAUUACAUGCAGUGGCAUCCAAAUAUCUUCUUUUUGUAGGAAAAGAUGGUCAUUUAGAAAAUUAUAAUAGUAGAUUGGCUUAAUUAACUAUAAAUUUUGGAGAAGGAGCCUUUAGAAAUGAUAAUUUCUUACAAUUGCCAGUUUAUGUUUUGGGUCCUAAAUUAUUUUCUCAAGAAAAAAUGUAUAAAUGGGAAAAGAGUGAAAAAUUGAUACUUGGUUAAUCAUAAACAAUCAGAUUUAAUGAUGAACCAGAUAAACCUAUUGAAUCUAUGCAAGAAUAUAGUAUUGGACUUUGGUGCAGAUUUUUAUAAUCUUGGCCUGAAAGAUAGUAUAGAUUACCUUUAGAAAUGUAAUUAAUAAGAUUGACAAAUAAUGAAAAGAAUGAAGUAGGAAAGGUUGUUAUAGGAGAUAGAAUUUUGGCAUCUUAUAUUAUUUAAAAUGGAUUUUAAUUUGCAACUUACGAUUUAAAUGAUGAUGCUCCUAAUGAAUUACAUACAAUUCCAAAUUAAAGAUUAGAAGGAUAAUGGCAUUAUGUUUAUAUGGGAUAUUUAAGAUCAAAAUAAAUAGCAUCUUUCUUUGUAUUUGAUGGAGCAGAAAUGUUAUCAGCAAAGAAUUCAGAUUUAUUACAUAAACCUUUAGGAGACUUUGUAAUUUUACAUAUAGGAGGGGAACCAGAUGUACCUUCAUUUUAAGGAAUUAUUAGUAAAUUAGCUGUUAGUUUUGGUCCUGGAUCAUUUUUAAGUUUAGCAUAAGAAGUUAUGAAGACUAUUGAAAAUUCUUAUGCAUUAGAAUAAUCUUUAUCUGUUGCAUAUAUUCAUAAAUAGAAACAUGGAUAAUAAGAAUUAAUUGGAAAAUUAGAAACUGUUACAGAUGAGAUAGGUGGUACUGAAUUAAGAGGUGAGCCUUGGUCAAGUGUUGGAGAAUAUUCAAUAAGUGGAUGGUUCAAAGCAGCUAAUGUUAAUGGAAUGAGUGCUAAUGAUUGUUAAAUCUUAUUUAGAGUUACUAAUAAUGAUAAAGAGCAUUUAAAUGAUAAGAGAUCUUAGGGUGAUAGAACAUUAUUUGCAUCCAUUUGUGUUGAUUCAAUAAAAUUGUCUACUUAUACACUUGUAGGAUUGAAGGAUUGGAAUGAAGCUAAAUUUUUAGAAGAGAAUGUUCCAUUAGGUCAUAAUAAAAGAGCAUGGAUUUAUAUUUAUAUGGGUUAUAAUGAAGAUGUACAAGAACUUCAUGCUUUAUUACAUUUAUUUGAUGAGGAUAAACCAUUAAUAUUCAAAGGAGUAUAACAUUUUGUUCCUCAUUACACUGGUAUUUAUGUAGCUAAAGAUCCAUAUACAAAGAGAUUUUAAGGAGAAAUCUAAAAAUGGGUAGCUUGUUAUGGAUUUGGUGCAUUUGUUAGUGUAUAGAAAAGAGGAUAUGAAGAUUUAUUACCAAAUUAUAAUGCAAUAGCUAUUAAUUAAAAAUACAUGUGGUUUAGAAAAGAAGAUACAGUGAUAGAAACAGAAUAAGCAAUCACUUAAGAAUUUAAUUAAGAAGUUGAAUCAGUUGAUGAAUACUCAAUUGGAGUAUGGACUAGAUGGCUUAUUUCAUUCCCUACCACUUUAACUGAAAGAUAACCAUAACAUAAUAUCUUUAGAUUAUCAGCAAAUAAAUUAGAUUAAGAUAAGAGUGAAUUAGGAGAUAGAGUUUUGUCUGCCUUCUUAAUUUUGGGUAAUUAUGAAUUUAGUACUUAUGAUAUAAGUAAACCAUCAAAUGCAGUGGAUGCAAAAUUACCAUAUGGAGAAUUAGAAGGUUCAUGGACAUACAUUUAUACUGCAUAUAAGGGUGGACAAUUUUAUGGUAUGGUGUUGUUUAGAGAAUAAUAGAAGGCAUAACAUGUUGAAUUGUAAGUGUAACAUAGAGCUUUGACUGGUUAUGCUAAGUUUGUAUUAGGAGCUAAAGAAUUUGGUAGAAAAGGAUUCCAUGGAUGGUUAUUUGAUCCUAGAAUAUUCUUAGGAGCUGGAGCUUUUAUUAAUGAAGGAUAAAAAGUAGUAGAUAUGGUUUUAAAGUUACAUCGUAAAUUGCCUGUACCUGCUCUUGAUGCAGAAGAUUUUAAAUGGCCUGUUCCUAUUGUUGACACUACUUUGCCUGAUGAUAUCAAUGAGAAAAAAGACAAGUUCCAAUUCUCUUUUACAAAUAAAGUAGGUUUAUUAGAGUAUUCAUUUGGAUUUUGGAUGUAGAAUGCAGUAUUAUAACCAGAAAUGCCUGAUGAUCUAAGAGGAUUAGUUCGAUUAACUACUAAUAAUGAAGGUUCUGAUGAAAGAUUCAUUGGAGAUAGAACAUUAGCUGUUUUCACAAGAGUUUAAAAAUUGGUGGCUUGUACUUACACCUUGAAAGAUCCUACUUUCGAGCCAGUAACUCAUGAGUUUGAUUUGUUACCAUAUCAAUGGACAUUUGUUUAUUUCGGUUAUACAUAAGGAAAAGCCAGGGCUUAUAUUCUUAGUACUAAGGGUCCUUCUGAAUAGGUGUUAGCUGUUAAACAUGCUGUUCCUAAUGCUUUUUACUUAAAUGUAAUCAAAGAUCAAUCCCAUCCAUUGUUUUAUGUAUAUUAUAAUUUGAUUGUUAGGGUAAAUUCUAUGGAUUGAAAGUCAAUUUUGGAUAAGGCAGUUAUUUAGAAAAUCCACAAGAAAUGAUAGAGAAAUGGCCUUAUGAUCCUAAGGUUCUUCCAGUACCCGAACCAAAAGAAGAGAAAGUGUUGGCUCUCAAUUCUGCAAAAGUUGACAGAGCCCCUAAUACUUAACAUGAAUAAUUCAGAGAAUGA